AUGGCUAUCGUUAAGAAGAUCAAGGAACCGACGGCUGCUGCAAAGGUUGCUGCCGGCCAUGCGGGCGCGACUCCUGAGGAUCCUAUCGAUGCCCUCAUCAUUGGAGCUGGUCCAUCUGUUGAACGCCAAUCAGUCCCUGGUGGUAUUUGGACAGGUCACAUCCCGGAGUAUUCGACCCUGCAGGAUCUUGUUUGCGAAUAUGAAGUUCAUGGUGUGAAGUUUCCUCGACGAGAGCCGCAAAGACGUGCGACGAGAGACCAAGUGGCCGAAUUUUGUGAUGCUUACUUCAAAGAGUUCGAUCUGCAUGACCAUGUUAUCUGGGAACAUGAUGUUGCCCAUGUCGAGAUGGUCAAGCCUAUGCUGCACAAAGUCGACAUUCGCCCAUUCAUAAAGGGAAAUGAGGCCACUCCUGUUCAAAAUGUUUAUACACGGAGUGUUCUUGUUUGCACUGGUCAUAAUAUGGAACCUUAUAUGCCCAAGUUUCCCGGUCAGGAAACGGCAAAGUUCCCUAUCAAGCAUAACAACAAUAUCCGUGAUGCCACGGAAAUGCCGGACUCUGAUAUUCUUGUUAUCGGUGCCGGGCCUUCAGCUAUGGACAUUAUUCAGGAAGCUUGCGUCACGCAAGGUGCGAAGAAUGUACACCUAGUCGCACGUUCUCCCCAUUGGGGAGCGCCUGAUCUGUGGUGGCCUUGGCUAUGGCAAUUCGGAUGGACGGAGCUGCAUCUUAUGCGCGUACUUUACCGCCGCUUGCCUAUUUUCGUCGUUGAUGCCAUCUUCUGGCUCAUUCAUCUUGCCUGGGCAGUCUUCCACGGUGUUCCAGAGUGGAGGCCUCCUACCCACGAAGGUCCAUCUGCAAAGGUCGGCCUUAUCCUACGAUCACACCUCGUGAAACCCUAUCACAACGGCCAAUUCCGCAUCCACGACAAAUGCGGAAUCCAAGAAAUUGACGGAGACAAAGUGGUCCUCACCAACGGCACCGCCUUGUACCCAAGGAUGCUUGUCGCUGCAACAGGCUGGUCGACCGAGUCAUCAUACCUGCCUGAAGGAUCUCCAGCCGGUGAAUAUGACUCUCUCGCCGCCGCAGACGCACCACGACCUCUAUAUCUCCGAUUCUACGACCAGGACUAUCCCGGAAUUUUCUAUAUCUCUGUUUCGGCUGGCUUUAUCACCUACACGGAGAGUGCGUCUUUCCUCAGCCAGGCUAUCGGUCAGAUUCUGCGUGGCACUUGGACGCCUCCUUCUGAGGAGGAAAUUAAAAAGAACUUGAAAGAGGUUGUUUUGCAUCAUAUUUGCCUCCCUGGUCUCAUUGAGGAGGAUCUUGCGGCUGCAGGGUUCAAGGACCUGCGUGGUAAGAAUGUGCGCUGAGCGACAUCAGGUCAUUGAUCAUCUGAUAGAGCACUUUUUCGUUUCUUCUCUCUCGAGCUUUGGAAUUUGGAGUUUUGGUGGGUAUGCAUCCAUGGACUUGAGAUGAGCCGAGCUUGGACUAAUUGGGUAACGAGAC